AUGACAAUCAGCGUGAUCACGAAGACCCCGGACCCGGAAACCUAUCUGAGCCUGCGGGCGGCCGGCGGGCUCAGUCCCUACGAUCUUGAGGCUGCCGGGCUCGGCCUGAAAAACAGUCUCCAUUGUGUGUUGCUGCUGGACGGCGAGACAGCCGUCGGCAUGGGACGGCUUGUCGGAGACGGCGGCCUGUUCGUUCAGGUGACCGACAUCGUCGUCCAUCCGGAUUAUCAGGGGCGGGGGCACGGACAGCAAAUCAUGGCGGCGCUGGUCAAGCAUAUCGAGACGGAGUUGCCCCCAUCGAUCUAUGUAAGCCUGAUCGCGGAUGUGCCGGCAAACCGGCUCUAUGAAAAGUUCGGUUUCCGCGAAACCGCACCCUCCUCGCUCGGCAUGGCCCGGCGCGGCCGCUUGAUCAGAGACGGUACCGCACGCGAGGCUCGAUUCAUGUCCAACAUUGCACAACGCAGUCUGGAAGGAGUUUUCUUGGCCGUUUUCGGCAUCGCAAGCCGCAUCUACACGCCCUUGCGAAGCUGGAUCGGUGCGGCGGUGCUGUGCCUGUUUGUCCUGAUGACGGCAGCAGUGGUGCAGGUGUUUCCGGUUUCGAACUGGGACAUGCUGGCCUAUACGGCCACUGCGAUCGAGCCUGAGACCGCCGAUGCGGCCGACCUGCAUGCAAAGACCUAUGCACUCGUGAAAGCAAAUGUCAGCGAAGGCGAAUAUGUCACGCUGACGGAAGACCGGCCCUACCGCAUCCAUCAGGCGAAGGAUGCGGACGCCUUCCAGACGAUGCUCGGCUUCUACCGUCUCAAGGUGCUUUAUGUCGAAACCGCGCGCCUGCUGUCGGGUAUUGCCGGCACCGUCGAGGCAUUCCGGCUGAUAUCACUCCUGUCCGUAUUUGCCGUUGGUGGCGUUCUCCUUGCCUGGCUCGGCAGGACAGGGACACUGAGCUACGGGCCCGUCGCAGCUGCGUUUCUCAUGCUUUGCAGUUUCGGCUAUGCGGCACAGCUCGUUUCGCCGGACCUUUACGCCACCUUCUUCCUGUUGCUGUCAGCUUUCUUCUUUCUGGAAAAAUGGGAUGUGCCCGCCACGCUCGCGCUUGUCUGCGCUUUUCUGGUGAGACCGGAUCACCUUGCCUUUGUCGGCGUGUUCUUCGUGUUCGCGGCUGUCUACGGGCCUGGACGUUGGGCAAUGUCGGCCUGCUUUGCAGCGUGUCUCGGGAUCUAUGUCUGGCUGACGCGCGGUGCGGAUCACCCCGGCUGGUGGGUGCAUAUGUGGUUCACGCAUAUCGAAUACGUACCGACGCUGAAGGAUUUCGAUCCGCCCUUUUCCAUCACAGCCUAUGUCGAGAUGCUCGUCCGAUCGACGGUCAGGGCAGUCAUGGGCUUUACCUGGAUUGCUGUCCUGUUCGGGCUGGUCGUCUUUUUUGCAAAGUGCAUUUCUGCCGACCGUCUGGAUCUCAGAUCAAGGGUACUGCUCUAUGCGGCCUUCACCUCGAUCUGCGCCAAAUACGUCGUUUUCCCGCAUUAUGAAACGCGCUUUCAUCUGCCCUAUCUCGUGAUCAUGGGCAUGAUCCUGCUUGUCGGCUGGCACCGGCAGCAAACCGCCGCGCAAUAG